AUGAAACUGAAGGAAGGAUCGUUUCUGUGGUACCUCUAUCUGGACAAAAUAUACUGCUUACUGUCUGUGAGGAACGUGAAGGCCUUGGUGGAAUAUUUUCACCUUCUUGACGUGCACAGAAAGAACACCUUGAACGAUGUGCUGUUCUAUCACUUCCUUCAUCAUGUGACUGACCUGAAAAAACCACAGAUCAAGAUCGUGUUUGACAUGCUGGACUGGAGUGCUGCGGGGGAGAUUGGUUUUGACCAGUUCUACAUGCUGGUGUGCCUACUGCUGGCCCACCAGAACCAUUUGGAAGGGCAAUUUAUGUAUCGCCAUUCUCGGCCUAUUUUUGACCUGCUUGACGUGGAUGGGGAAAUGAGAAUUGGUGAAUCCACAUUCCAAACAUUCAGAUUUCUCCUCAAUAUUAAAAGACAUGAUCUCAGAGAGCUCUACCAAGACUUCGACAUCACAGGUGACCGUCGUCUUAAUUACAAAGAAUUUAAGCUGUAUACUAUCUUCUCUAUUGACAAAUCCCUGAAGAGGCAGAAAGCAGCGAAAGAGAAAGAGAAAGAAAAAAACUCUGGUUUUGAAAAUGCCUCAUCACAUUCCUAUGAGCGAAGAAUGACUCUUGGAAAAUAA